UCCAAGAUUGUACAAAUGUCUAAAUAGUGGCACGCUUGAAUAUAAAUUGUCCAUGUAUAAGUGGUACCCAAUAUGGAAAAAGGAUGACACCAAGUCCCAAACUAUCUUGCCACUGCUCCCCAUGUAGUCUGGGCAUCCGGGGGCUCCACAUGACUAUCUUUUCCCUCAUAAACCCGAAACUUAUAAGUAUAGCCUGUUGUCCUCUCACAGGCCUUAUACACCUUGACCCCAUAUCUGGCACGCUUGCUGGGGAGAAAUUGUUUGAAUGCAUGGAGACCAGAAAAAUUAAUGAGGGAUUGAUCAAUGCAGAUGUUUUGCUGGGGAGUAUAGACAUCUGCAAAUGUUUGGUUAAGGUAAUUUACGAGGGGCUGAAUUUUGUGGAGCUGGUUAAAUUCAGGGUCACCCCAAGGACGACAGAGUGUAUUGUCGUUGAAAUGCAUAAAACACAUUAUACUCUCAUAUCUAUGCCUGGCCAUGGCAGCACAGAACACGGGAAUGGGAUGAAUCGGGUCUGUGGACCAAUACAACUGCAAUUCUUUUUUUUUUUUUAGUAAUGCCCAUGUUGAGGGUUAGGCCCACAAAAAAUGUAAAUUCAGAAACCGUAAUGUGUUUCCAUGCGAAUGGUCUGGCAAGGUUCGAAUUUGGGUUGGUGGUGUUAAAUUGUUGUGCAUAUAAAUUGCUUUGAUCCACAAUCAAUGCCCACAGAUCUUCCGUGAAAAAACAACUCCAAAGAAUCAAGGGGAGUAGUUAAAUUUGCUGUUUCCACCUGAAUUCCGGGCUGGGCAGUGAAUGGGGGAAGUAUGAGUGCUGCAGAAUUUGUGGGCUGCCAUUCGGGAUUUGCAAGCACAUCCGGAAAGAUACUAGGGGCUCUACGGGCCUAUGUGCGAAUUCUUGGUGGCAGCGGGACAAUACUUGUGCUCGCCAAUGCACCAGCUUGUACUGCAAUUAUGGGACUCGCCACAUCGCCAAGUGAUACUGUAGUGCUGGUAUGUGAAAGACCAGGAUGUACUAGGUCGCUGGUGCUCGCCAGUUCACCAAAAUGUAGCGUGGCACUAGUACUGGCACUCUGCUGCAUAUGAGAGUCAUCA